AUGUCCACGCUGGCCAGCAGCCGCCAUCCGACGCUGAAUCUGACACUGAAACGCAGCAACGAGAAUCAGCAUCAGCAUCAGGAUCCAGAAGCUGUGCCUGCUGCAAUGCAUCCCGAUUGCCUGCCCCUGCCACUGCCACUAGGUGCAGCUGGUGGCCACGGCAGCAGUCCACAGCUACAGAAACCGGACGAUGGGGACGAGGACGAGGGCUCCGCCUGCGACGAGCAUAUGGUGAAUAUUUUGGAUGACCAGGAGGAGCCCAAUGAGGAUGACGAUGAGGAGCUGGAUGAUGCGGCCAGCUGCUGCAGCGAGAACAGCGUCCUCAGCGUGGGCCAGGAGCAAUCCCAGGUGGCGGCGGCCCAGGCCCGGCAGCGCCUGCUCAUGAGUCAGCUCUAUCGCCCGUCGGCCUUCAGCAGCGUGGCCAACAAUGUGAGUCCUCAUGCGCCAGCCGCCGAGGAUGCUGCCCAUCCCAUGCCUGCGCCGGCCAGCUUCCAGGAGGAGUUUCUGCGUAAGUCGCAGCUCUAUGCGGAGGAGCUAAUGAAGCAGCAGAUGCAGCUGAUGGCCGCGGCCAGGGUGAACGCGCUCACAGCUGCUGUGAUGCCGCUGGGCGGCCUGCGUGGACCCAAGGUCACGCAGCAGCUGCAAAUGGCCAUGGCGGCCAUGAGGCCCACGGCCGGACAGGAUGCACUGGCUCAAUUGACGGCCACAGCCAUCGACAACAUACUCAAAGCGGACUUUGGAUCACGUCUGCAGCAGCGUCUGGCCGCAACAGGCGCUGGCGCUGGCAUCGGCGCUGGAACUGGCGCCGGAGCAGCGCUGAAGACGCCGCGCAAGAGCCAGAAGCCAUUGAAUCUGGUGCAGCUGCAGACGCAAACGCAGCCCAGCCUGAGCUUCUCCAGCACCUUGGCCAACAUCUGCAGCAAUAGCAACGACUCCAACAGCACCGCCACCAGCAGCAGCACCGCCAACAAUCCGGCAGCCGUUGACCUGGUCAAGUCGCCCAGUGCCACAUCGCCGGCGCCAACCUCCACGCCCAUUGUGUGGCCCGCUUGGGUCUAUUGCACGCGCUACAGCGAUCGCCCCAGCUCAGGCGAUGAAGUUGAUGUCGGAGCUAAGAGCUGGAGCUGGGAGCUGGAGCUGGGAGCUGGAGGGGGUUUGGCCUGA